AAUUAAAUUGAAAAAUAAAAUAAGUGUAGUCCUUGUCUCUGCGAGGCUAAUAAAAAGACAAACAGAUUUAUGAUAUAUAUUUAUCAUCUCAGGAGAUAUCGCAAUGGGUAAAUCCUUGCGGGACACGCUGUACAGGUAGGUAGGUAGGUACAUAAUAUGUGGGGAAUAUACAACAUAAUAUGGUGGUUGGUCAAACUAAAAGUUAAAAAACAUAGCACAUUGCAAUAUUGAUGUCGUUUAUUCUAUGUUAAUAAUAUUAAAAUAUCUCAUGUUACCCGAAACACGGCUCGAAUUAAUUAUAAUACAUACAUAAACCGCAUGAUAUAUACUGAUUACACAAUUUAAUGGCAUCGGAAACAACCGAGGCUACUGAGGGAUACAAUCAUUCAGCUAAAAAUUCUGUGUUUUAAAUUUUUAAAGUGCACGCUUAAUUGCAUUACUCGUAGUCAUAAAAUCUGAUUUCUAUCAUGCCCUAUAAAACAUUAACUCGAUUUAGACGUUUUAUUGGCGGCAACAAAAAAACGGCGCGCGUGGUCGGUCGUACGACUGAAAAAUACAUAUUAUUAUAAAAAAAUUCGUUCGCUCUACGAGUCGUUGUGUUUGGUUAAAGGUAUAUGUGUGCAACGUGUAUACCAAUAUUGGUGCAGAUCACAAAGUCACGUCGUACCACGCCGGUAUAGGUAUGUACAAACACGCGUCGUGCCCGCACAGCGACCGAUUGGGGAAUUGUUUUUUUUGCUCGCGGAAAACUCUUCGAUUCUGGUCAUCUGCAGAUUAGUCUAUAUCUACCCCACAUAUAUACAGGACGGGCUGCCGUGUUUUCGCAUUUUCUCGGAAUAGUGCACGGUAAAAUGCAUGGUGGCUCACACCGUAUAAUAUACAUAUGAGUAUAAUAAUAUAUUGUCGCAUGAAAGUUUUUUUACCCGGAAACGUUUCCGGUACCAUGUUUAAAUACGAUCACUUCCUCUCUCUCUCUCUCUACCUCUCGCUCACUCACUACGCAUAUAAAUAUUAUUAUACCUAUACCCUUCAUAGAUAGAAAAACACCACAAGCAAAUAAUAACGAUAUGUAUAUAGUGCGGUACACACGGCAAUUGUUUCGAUUGGUAAUCCUAUAUAGUUCGCAAUAUAGGUGUAUAAUAGAUAGGUUUAUGAUAUAAUGAGGCGUACCACGCGUUUAAUAUACAUUUUGCUCAUCACCAAACGGAGACGAGGAUGGUUCGUCAUCAUUCCGCAUCCGCGGUCUCGCCUUAGUGUUAUCUACCUAGGCAUGUGGGAAAAAAAAAAUAAUAAUAAUAAUAGUAAUAAAAAUAGCUCUCAAAAAAUGUGAGUGAUGCAUUAUAUUAUAUAUUAUAUUGUGUUUUUAUCCUUGGUGCUAAAAUCCACAAGGGACGACGGGGAAAAAAAAUCGUGUUUCGUCGUAGACCUAAAAAAAACUUUUCGUUUUGCUACAUAUAAUAUGGCAUAAUAAUAUAUCGUAUAUACGAGUACAUAUUUUUUUUUUAAGCUCGAAACCGCCGUAACACCUUCGUCACACGCGAGGCAACAUGUCACGCGUAUACCACCCUCGUUAUAUCAUAUUAUUUAACAAGUUUAGUCCCGUCGGCCUUGUCCAACUGCGAUAAACGAAAAAAAAACCUUUUUGCCCGACCGAAUUCCAACUCAACCGAACGUGUGUGAUUUAGAACAUUAUAUUAUAAUGUAAACAUCUAACGGCUCCAAACAAUAAUACUAUACACAUGCACAGUGGGCAGACGAAUACUGUGUAUAAUAAUAUACAAUAUUACAGUAUAUAGGGUUAAACAGUGGUGAAUUUAAAUCGAAAUUCAAUCGAGUUAUUUAACUGCCAAAGACACCAUAGCUCUUAAUGAUGGAUUUAAAUAAAUUAAAUAAUAUUAUUUGGUCUAGUACAAUAUUAUCUCGAACAAUGUUAAAAAAAUAAAUGAAUGAAUAUUAAUUACCUACUUCUUCUUGUUUUGCAGAUUUCUGUUAUUCGACAAGAGAUUUGGCCACUCAUCACAAUCUUCCUACAGUUCUCCCAAUCUUGAAUUACAUUUCUCUAGUUGUUCACUCCUAAACUUUCCCAGUCCAUUUAAACCACAUCUUACUACGUUUUUUGAACCACCUCGGUAUCUCUUCCCUUUUUGUUUCCAGGUCAUCGAUGGUUUAGUUAUGAUCAUUUAGCUGGCUAAAUUCUAGCCCAUUAUAUUAUGCCCAAGCAAUCGUGUGCUAUGACCUUUUAUAACAUUUUUUACAGGAUGCACCUCUCCUCUGUUUACUCUUGUGACUCUUUAUUGAGAUUUAUUUGUUUCUCCUCCAUAUACCAGUGUUUCAAUCUAAUUUUUUUUCACGUAUCAUCUGCUGAAUAUUGUAUUUUUAAACUUUUAAAGGUACUAUGUCUUCGACGUUCUGUCAUACUGGUAGUCGUUCAUGAUUACCAUCCGUAGAUAAGAGUGGAUUUUAUUAUCGUUACGUAUGGUAUCUAGACUUGAUUGACUUUGAAUGUAUUUUUGACUUGAUAAAUAUGAUAGCGUAAAGGACACUCGCUCAGCUUCCACACUCCAAUUUCACGUGACCAGUGGUUUUUUGUAUUCAAAAUCAUGCCGAGGUAUUGAAACUUGUUUCAAUUUCAUGUGUUUAUUCUUCUGAAUAAUUGUCGUUCAUUCUGUUGUUCAAUAAUUCUUAUAGUUUUGGUUUUAUCCCCGCUAACUUUUAAUUAUAUUUUCCCACAGGUUCCUCUAGACUCUUAAAAUCACUCAGACGAAGUGCUGGGAGUUUGGCGGACCGUCUAUCGUUUGUGAAUAAUAAUUCCAGAGGAUAUAUAUUAUUACGUUUGAUCUAUAUUGCUCUAUUCUGAUAUAUGCACGUAGUAUUAAUCAGGCAUUAUGUAUUUAAACAUGUAUUGAUUGAAGUUCGAGUGAGGCGUCCAUACCGUAUUUCCCAGGCUCAAUUAAGGGAUCCGAACGGGUGGUGAAGCUUGGCUUGUCGAUCAGGCAAACGCAUGGCCUUUACAUUUAUAAUAUAAUAUAGGAAUCUAACUGACUAAAUAGAUUAUUCAGAACGUAAAAUUUGAUUAGUUAUGUGUUUGUAAAAUAGAGACACAGUGCAUGCGGGUAUAGCAUCCUCUUAACAAUAUACAAUACAAAAAAAGAUGGUUUAUAUUUGUCGAGAGUUUGUACUUCUGCAGUAACUAUUCUCUAUAAAUAAAAUAAUGAAAAAAUCCAAGUUUUUAAAAAUAUGUUGUUUAUAUAGGUAUAGGUACUUCUAAAUUCCAAAAAUCAAAAUGUUUAAUAAAAUAAUUAAGGAGUAUAAUUAAGUGAAGGAUGCUUAGUGUUUUUAUUUUUUCCUAUCUACCCCUCCCCCAUCUUAUCACUCAUCUCAACAUUUGUUUUAUUACUAAUACUCAAUUAACGUUUUCUCGUACAAACUUAAACGAUAACAUUACUAAUAAUAUUUUGGGUAAUGGGUAGGAAGAGCGGUACAGUUAAGCCUCGAUAAUUCAAACGUCUAUAAAUCGAAUUUUCGAUAAUACAAAGGAAUAUCUUCGCCCCUGCAUUUCAAUAAAUACAUAAUUUUUUCUAUAACUCGAUUUUUUGUCCGCCCCCAACCGAUUCGAGUUAUCAAGAUUUCAUUGUAUAUCCAAUUUUACGAAUUUUUUACUGUUACCAAUACAUAUGAUGGCUCACGAAAAUAGAAACUGUCUGUGCGCUCAUAUUUUGAUAAAAUAUAUAAUAAUAUCUACUCGUCGGCGUUACCCACUAUAUAAUAUUGUAUUGUGCGUCGAAACGUAUUGUCACUGAUGUUUUAUGUUUCCUUUGCUUUUAGGAUACCAAUUCAAUAUCAAAUUCGACAAACAACGGGACACCGGAAAAUGACGAGUACGAGGACGACGGAGAUGUCGCUUUGACAGCGCUGCCGCUGUUCUGCAUUGGAUCGUUUCUAAUCGUCGUUAUAUUCUUGUCGAUCGCCGGAAACGUGCUGGUGUGCAUGGCCAUCUACACCGACAGGGGAUUGCGAAGGAUUGGCAACCUGUUCCUGGCCUCACUGGCGAUCGCUGACCUAUUUGUCGGGGCGUUGGUCAUGACGUUCGCGCUGGUAAACGACCUGCAGGGAUACUGGAUGUUCGGCGCCAAGUUCUGUGACAUAUGGACUGCCAUAGACGUGAUGUGCUCCACCGCGUCCAUACUCAACCUAUGCGCCAUAUCACUCGACAGAUACAUUCACAUCAAAGACCCACUGAGGUACACGACGUACUUGAACCGGAGGAACGCGCUGCUCGGCAUCGCUGGCGUCUGGGCGCUGGCCGCGUUCGUGUCCGUGGUGCCCAUCUGCAUACUGAGCAUCCACCGGCCGCCCAAGCCGGUGGUGUUCCACGCGGGCGACACCGAGUACAUGCGGUGCGCGCUGGACCUGACACCCGAGUACGCCAUCAUAUCGUCGUGCAUCAGCUUCUACAUACCGUGCGUGGUGAUGAUCGGCAUCUACUGCCGGCUGUACCGGUACGCGCAGAAGCACGUGCAGAGCAUCCGGGCGGUGACGCGGCCGCUGACCACGACGACGACCACGACCACCGGGGCGGCCGCGGCGUCGUCGGCCACGCUCACGGCCGUGCACCACCACACGUCGCCGUACCACGUGAGCGACCACAAGGCGGCCAUCACGGUGGGCGUGAUCAUGGGCACGUUCCUGCUGUGCUGGGUGCCGUUCUUCUGCGUCAACAUCAUCGCGGCGUUCUGCAAGACGUGCAUACCCGAAGCCGCGUUCAAGGUGCUCACGUGGCUCGGCUACUCCAACUCGGCGUUCAACCCGAUCAUCUACUCGAUAUUCAACACCGAGUUCCGGGACGCGUUCCGCCGCAUACUCACCACCCACUACCCGGACUGGUGUUUCUGCAAGGGUUACCGGACGGUGGUGCUCAGCUCGGACGCGUCGUUCCGGCACAACCAGCGGCGGAAGCCGACCGGCGGCUGCGAUUUCGUGUCGUCCGCCUCGGCCACGGCCGUCGUCGCCGCGUCCACCGUCGUCAAGCACAACGGCAAGGCCGCGGCCGCCGCGACGGCGUCCGCGCAGCAACCGGCAUGCGGUGGCGCGGGCGUGCCGCCGAUCGCGAGUCCGAGGUCGUCGGUGGCGUCGCUCCGCCAGUCGCGGCUCAACUCGUCCGAAAAGGUCAUCAUCGAAGCCGACGAGGAGAUCUGACCGCCCCGCGAUGGCCGGCCACCGCGCGACGACGUCAUGCCUCGUUUCACCGUCGAGUAUCUCGUCUGAACGACAACGCUUGUAGAAACGCACACGUGCAGCUAUACAAUAUUAUUCGGUUACAAUAAUAUUAUAAUAAUAAUAUGAUGUAAUAAUGUGUAAAUUGUUAUUCGUCCAUAAAUCAUUAUAUUGCAUACAAAUAAUAUGACAUCAUAAUCCCUCAUCCCGCGGUCCGGUCACGGUCUACGCGGUAACCGGUAACCGAACAGGAACCGUAAUUUAAAUUUACCCUUAAAGUACAUUAAACAUCUUGCGCCAAACAGUGGAACAGCAUAUGACGCCGACCAUGUGAGGUUCCGGUAGUUGGCGACAGACGUUGUAGGGAAACCCGGAACCCGCGAUAUUAUGUUGUGAGCGGCGUCUGUCGAUAGUUUUCACCGAUUCGAUUGGUUUUUUUUUUUACUGGUUAAGACCGGUGUACCGGUAUAUAAGACAUCUAGACCAAAUUUUCCAAGUUUUUCCCAGAACCGUACCGGAACGAAAAAAAUAAUACCGAAAACCUUAAUCCUCUUCUCACUGCACUCAUUUAUCCUGUCGGCGAGUCUCACGUCUUCCAUCGCCACUUCACUCUAUGGGUGCCAUGUAUGUCACAAUAUAGUUUAUACAAUAAAGUGCCCUUUAUCGGUUUCCGUCGCACAUUGAAAUUGCAGACCGUCCGGUUUGAUAUACUUAUAUAGGUAUUGCAACAACUAUAAUAAAAUACACCAAUACAGUGGUGAUAAAACGAUUGGUGAAGAAGGGACUAGAUCCCUGCCCAAUGACCAUUUUUCAAUAUUUAAGAUCUUAUAUCUAGGUAAACCUAUAAGAUAUAUUUUUAACUAUCAAUUAUACAGGAGGACAGGUCUCAAGUGCGUGUAAAAAAAUCAGCCACAUCUUAUCUAAAAAUAAUUAAUUUUUUUUUAUCUUCAGCUACAUAGACCCAUUGUGUGUGGGGGAGGGGGGUUACGGUUGGAACGCGUGGUUUUUUUAUGUGGGGGAAAGAAUGAUCGUCUAGAACCAGGGUGGUCAUCCAUCCGGGAGCUAGCGACGCCAGCGCACAUCGUAGUGACUUAGUCUAACCACCAUGACCCCUUAUGAUAAUAAUACAACUGUCACAGUGGCUGAUGCCAUUUUCGUCACGGUCGACUGGCGAUCCACAUUUGCAAUAACUACAAUCAGGCCCCCACAUCGAAUUUUGGGCACCUGUACUUAAUGUCUUCGUGGGCCCUAUUCAAAACUUCCAAUAAUGUACAACCCAUUAUACAAGCCAUACAUAUGUCCCAUACACGUUUUCUAGGUAAUCAACGGUUAACCCACAUCUUAAAAUAAAAAAAUUACUUAGUAUAUAAUAAUAAUAUAUACAUUUAUGUCGAAAAAUAUUGUUUAAUAUAAAAUAAGUAUUCCCAUCAAAAAUUCAAAAAUUACAAAUUAAUUUCAACGUGUCCCUAAUAGAUAGCCGGGCCCCUGUACUCCAGGCCCAACUGCCCACCUCCCCCCUCGUGUGGGCCCUGCCUACAACUGACAUAAUAUUAAUAAUAUAUAGUUUAAUAUUUACAUAAUAAUAAUAUUAUCUUAACGUUUAAAUAUUUCACUACACGAAUUUAUAAUAAUUAUCUACAGAUUAAAAUAGUAUGCUGUACGUCAAUAAACAAUUUCACUGUAUAUUAACACGCCAUUUCGGUCAUGACGAUUGUAUUCCGACGUUCUAAAAUCCAUAUCCAUCGGGUUCGUCAUGUUUGAAUGACCCGUAAAUUUAAGGUAUGAAUAAUAUAAAUCUGUACUCUUUUUUUUUAUUAUUAUUAUUAAUGUAUUAUAUAAUAAGUAUGUAUACUAUGUGCCAAAUUUUUUCUCGCAUUUUACGUUGUUCACAUAAUAUUUUGUAUCAUAGGUAUAUAUAACUAUGUGUUUCUGCAUUCUGCAAUGAGUAGUUCCUAUUUUAGUCGAGAUGCUCGUGCAUAUAAGAUACGUUUUACAUUUGCGUCUUUGGUCUUAGUCCAUUAUAUUAAAUAUAAAACAGUAUUACAUAUAUUAUGGCUACAAUAAUAUGUCACACGACAUAACGUCGAUAUGUUUCUCUUAUAAUAUUUUCCUAUUCGUUAAACGUUUUUAGAGAUCAAAGUUUAGGUAUAAGCAACCGUUUGUGCGUACAUAAUAAAAAAAAUAGGUCUUUCAUAUUUUGAUAGGUAUCUAGUGCAAGCGUUCGGUCUUAUCGUGUCAUGUAAAAAACUGCUCAAUUAGAUAGGUACGUUAUCUAAAAUCCCAUAAAUAAAUUUAAAUUGAAAAACGGAGCUAAAAAAAAUUUAAAUCAAAGAUCUGUGAUCUCUUAACUGUUUUUGUUUCGAAAAAAAAAAUAAUAAAGGAUUCUGUCUUGGACAUAUUUUAAUACAAAAAUGAUAAUAUAUACCUAUGCAAUUGAACGGACAAUAUUUUGCACAUAAGAAAAACGACUUACGAUAAUUGACUGUUUGGUCUACGCGUAUAAGAUAUAAUAUACAACUACAUAGGUGCAGACCAUAUUAUUAUUAGGUUUAUAAUUUACUUCUGUUAAAAAAAAAUGUAUAGAAACUAGAGUUAACCAAGCCAGUUAAAACCAAAAGAUAAAACAUAAGCCACCUAAAGUCUAAACGGACACUUAGGACCUGCAUGACGGCAGAAAACCUCCUUAUACCUACUUUGUGAGUUAUAGACACAGCGAAACGAAGGAGAGUUUCUCAAAAUAAUAAUAAUAGUUUAAUGCCUGUAAGUACCUAGUAUCAAACGUUUGUGUAAUAGUAUUAUGUACGAAUAUGUAUGUUAAAUAUUAAAUUAAAUUAGACAAGCAAAGUGCGAUAUUAUUAUAACAUAUGAUAACGACGUUCUUAGUUCUUACCUACAUUAUUAUAGCGUCGGGUGCCUCUAUCCGUUUUAACCACGACUUAAUGAUUGCUAUAAAAAUAAUUUAAUUUACAUAAAUAUAAAAUGAGUAUUGCUUUCGAACAAGUUUAGUUUUUAUAGUCAGUUAUGACCUACGUACAAGUGCUUCAGAAGGAACCUUGAAAAUUUGUCGUCCGGGCGAAAUAUUGACCUGCAAAGAUGAACGUCUGUCGGCGUACGACAAUAUAAUAUAUAGAUACCUAUCGUAUAAACUACCAAGCCUGGGGAAGUUAAUGAUAAUUGUUAAUUGAGUUAAUUCGAUGAAAAAAACUGAAAAAAGUUUAAAGUUAAUAGUUAUUCUAUUUUUUUUUAACUCGGUUAAGUUAAAAGUUAUAAUAUGGAAACU